AUGACAUGGAUAUUUUUCUUCGUAAAUAUUCUAAUUUUAUUAUUGAAUACAACGAAUUCUCGUUACGCUGAAUGGGAAGAAAUCAAACCAUACUGUUCUGUACGUCCACAUCCUCAAUGUUGUGCUAGUCGAGAUGAUGAUUGUUUCAUGCCUUAUUAUGAUUCGCGAUGCUAUUGCGAUGCAUUUUGUUUUCGUGGCAUUGAUAAUCAUGAUUGCUGUCCUGAUCAUGAUUCCGUUUGUAAAGGUGAAAAUGUCUCAUUACCAACAACACCUGCACCUCAACCAACCGGUAAAUGUUAUGACCCAUCAACAAAUCGACAAUACUCAUUCGGUGAAUCAUUUCUACGUGAUUGUAAUUUAUGCCGUUGCACUACACUUGGAUUUCAAACAAUAUUGUCAUGCGAAGAAGACUUAUGUGUCAAUAGUGAUGAACUUAUUUCACAUAUUAAUCAACAACAGCAAUAUUUAGGUUACAAAGUACGAAAAUAUGAUAAAUUUAAUGGCGUGAAAGUUAAAGAUGCAUUAAAUCAUUAUUUGGGUACAAUACCUGAUCGAAGUUUACGUACCAUGGUCGACAAUGCACCUGACAAUCCAACCGAUUACUAUCAUAUGGAUGAUGUUCAUGCUUAUGAUAUUCGUUCGAAUGCUUCACUUGUCGGCAAAAUUCGCGGCGUACGUGACCAAGGCAAAUGUGGUAUUUCAUGGGCAUUGUCAACAGUCGAUGUUGCUGCUGAUCGACUGUCACUCGUACACAACAUCAAAUCACCGAAGGAACCUUUAAGUGUGCAAAAUAUUCUUUCGUGUACAGAUAAAGCAGCGAAAGAUGACUGUCAAGGUGGACGGGUUGCUUACGCCUGGGGUUUCAUCAAAGAUCGUGGUGUUGUAACAGAAAAUUGUUAUCCUUAUGAAAGCGGUCAGACAGGUCGUAUUGAUGAAUGUAAACUUCAUUUGUCCGAUGCUGAUCUACAGAGCAUUGCUCAACAUCGAAAAGUCAGCAAUAUUCAAUGUCCGUCAAAUACGAAAGACGGCGAACAUUUUAAUUUUGGACCUGCCUAUCGUGUCCGCGAUGAAGUUCGUUCGAUUAAAUAUGAAAUUCGUUUUCGUGGCCCUGUUCAAGCGACUAUGCGUGUUACACCCGAAUUUUUCUUAUAUGAUUCUGGUGUAUAUCGUUGUGGUGGUUCCAAUUUUGAACGACAAAAUCCUCGGUAUGCCAAUUUAGCUGCUUACCAUUCGAUUCGUUUACUUGGCUGGGGCGCAAAUUAUGAUCAACAAGGACAACCAAAAGACCAUUAUUGGAUUGUAGCAAAUUCUUGGGGUACAGGCUGGGGUAAUAAUGGAUAUUUUCAUAUUGGUUUUGGUGAAUGUGAAAUUCAAGAAACCGUUAUUGCAACAUACGGUAAAUCUACUGAAGUACUUAAGAAAAAGAGUCGACGACAAUAA